UAGACGGCGGUAUAAGUGAUGAGCGAAUAGUAUUGUGAAUGAGAAGUGGUUUACAAUAAUAUGUUUACUAAAUAUGGUUAUUAUGUGUUGACUACCAAAUACAGAGACUUAACACAUAAACACCACUCAAUUGGCAGCUGUUAUACACGUCUCGGCUUUAAUUCAAUUCAAUUUAUCCUUCACUUCAAUACUCAUUCAAAUUAAAGUGGUGAAACAAUGUCUACAUCUCCGGUGCCAUCGCGUCGACAGCCGGUCAGUAGUCCGACGACUCCCCCGACGGCGGGUAACGGAAAACCCGAGUCUUUUCUCGACUAUUUGGGAACUUUGGGCCGCAAGAAGAAGAUGAGGGAAGUGGAAGAGGCGAAUAACAUUGUAGAAGAGGGUCGUCAAGCGAUCGACAGUAACGCACAGCACCCGGUCAUCGACGCCCUCCCCGAAGAGUUUGUCUUAAAUGAAUACGAGGAGAGAUCAAUGAUAGAGCCGGGAAUGAUCAACAAUCAUGACUACCAGGAAUUGCUUAAAAUUCUGGUCAAUUGGAUCAACGAUGAGCUUAGUGAUCAGAGAAUUAUCGUCAAAGACUUGGAAGAGGACCUGUUUGACGGCCAGAUAUUGGGAAAACUGAUUGAGAAGUUGAGUUUACAGAAGUUGGAUGUGGUGGAAGUGACACAGAACGAAGAUGGCCAGAAAGCCAAACUCAGGACUGUCUUGGAUCAGGCGAACCGACUUCUCGGCAUUCAGGCCAAGUGGUCGGCUGUCAAGUGGACUGUCGAAGGUAUUCACAACAAAAAUAUGGUCCAAAUAAUUCAUCUGUUGGUCGGACUGAUCCGUCACUACAGAGCGCCCAUCCGUUUGCCACAGAAUGUUGUCGUCAAUUUGGUUGUCGUUCAGAAACGUGAGGGACAUCUGCACACGUCUACAGUGACGGAACAGUUGACCGGUUCUUACGACGAGUUGGGUAUGCGAGUGGAGCCUCGGGACGCGUUCGACACGCUCUUCGAUCACGCGCCCGAUAAGCUACAGAUCGUCAAACGAUCGCUCGUCAACUUUGUCAAUAAACAUCUCAAUAAAGUCAAUAUUGAGUGCUAUGUGGGCAGCAGUGGUGUCGACUUAGAUCCCAACCAAUUCAGUGACGGACUUCUCUUGAUAUUCCUGAUGGGAAUGCUUGAGGGAUACUUCGUUCCGUUGGGCAACAUAUUCACCACUGCUGUCGACCCCAUACUCGAGGCCACCACUAAUAAGGAGACAGCUAUACAGCCGGACAACUACGUGGAGAGCUCUCCCAUCAAUAAACUUCAUAACAUUAACGUCGCCUUUCAACUGAUGGAGGACUCAGGCAUUCAGGUCAAACAAAAAGUAAGAGCCGAAGACAUUGUCAACGCCGACAUGAAGUCAACGCUGAGAGUCCUGUAUAUGGUUUUCACUAAAUAUAAACAUCUCUAAGAGAUUCAUAUUAUCACUAAUUGUGCCAAAUAUUAGACAUUAUAUUUUGAAGUCUUAUUAAUUUUUAACA